AUGAUUGCUCUGCUGCUUAUGUGGUUCGGAAUCGAUUUACCUUUGGUUUUCCUUGGAUUUUAUUUCGGAUAUCGAAAACAGCCGUACACUCAUCCAGUGCGUACGAACCAAAUUCCACGCCAGGUGCCAGAUCAACCGUGGUAUCUGCGAACAAUACCCUGUACUUUACUCGCAGGAGUUUUGCCAUUUGGUGCAAUGUUCAUCGAAUUAUUCUUUAUUUUCUCGGCAAUUUGGGAGAAUCAGUUCUAUUACUUGUUUGGUUUCCUCUUCAUUGUAUGUAUGAUUCUUGUUAUUAGCACAGCACAGAUUUCUAUUGUUGCCACAUAUUUCAUGCUAUGUGCUGAGAACUACCGUUGGUGGUGGAAGUCAU